AUGAUGAAAGACCCACAACCCCCACAGCCUCCACCGACUCCACUCGAGCUCGAUACCAAAUCCUUCGUUGAUCUCUCAGAACUCUCGCCUACAACCUUUUCCCCUACAAGCGAGUGUACAAGCGCGGAUGGACUACUCACUGCUUCGUUAUUACCCACGCUGUCUAAUACUUUUAUAUUUCCCAACCCAGGCGAUGACAAGUCGAUGCAUGGGGCGUCGACUGAAUCUAUUUCUUCACGUGGUACGAGACCAGAGUCAAGAUAUGGAGGGAGUAGAAGUGAUGGAAGACAUUAUCCGGGGUACGAAUGGGGUGGAAGGAGUUUAAAGAGGUCACUGGAACAGGAGAUAUAUGUGCCGCCAUCAUUGUCUGAGAAAGAAGGAAGGGAAAAAUUGGAAUAUUCUUGUCAAAGGUGCUGUGGCCGGGGUAUACAGAAUCCCAUGGCCACCAGUUCUCCCGCGAUAGAUUCAGCGAUGGAAGAAUCCCCAAUUUCGGAAUCUAGAAUUUUGAACUUUUUCCUCGCGACAUCACGGAUCCCACAUAUCCAGCCGACGGCUACAGAUUUGUUUUUGGGAAGCAUGUACACCGCCUCGGCUCUCCGGCUACUCUUCCAAGGCAUUUCCAUGACAGUCCUUCGAUCUUCUACAAUAGUAUUGUCAACUGAAAUUACUAUUCUGCUCUCAAUCAUCUGCCUCACAAGUCUAACGGCAUGGUUCGCAUCCGCAGGACGAGCUAUGAAGAGCGGAUGGGCGGCAUGGGGGUGCACCGUUACCUUCCGCUUUUUAACAACAGUGGCUGGGGGUUAUGCGCUCCUACAAUUGAUCCCAGUACUCACAACCGCCCUUGACCCUCACAGCGCGCCCCAAAAGGUUGAAAAUAUCACAAUCACCGUACCGAGUAUUCUCGAGCGGCAACAUAUUCUAGAUAUACUUGUGAAACUGCAAGGGCAUGUUAGCGAAUAUAUUUCGACGGUCGAACGGGAUAUGAUUUCUUAUGUCAACUCAAAUAUCGAUAGCGGAAAUAUGGAUGAGAAGGUUAUGGAAAGAUUGGAGAAGCUUUAUGCUGGUCUUGUCGCUCUAGGAGAACUAGAUGGGGCAGUCUUAGGGGAAGUUUUAAAGGGAUUGUGGGGUGGUGUUUAG